AUACGGAAGCCUGAUCACGACAUGAGCGAGACAUAGAGUUACCGUGCACAAAAAAACGUUAAUAAAGUAAUAUUAAGAAAGUAAGUUAAUAAUUUCAACUAUAUUUGACGACAUCUUUAUUUAAAUUUUUUUAUAAUAAUUAGGUUUGGUCUUCGCAUAUGUACCAACGCGACAUGUGCACGAUACUUGCACACCAACUCGUUUUGUGCACAACUUGCACAGCAAUUCAUAUGCUAAAUCGUUUUGUGCACGGUAACUUUAUGUCUCGCUCAUGUCGUGAUCUGGCUUCCGUACAUUACAGUUACCAUUUUGUGUUUGCACUUAAUGCGACUUGUUAAACAGAAAAGAGGGAACGGAUUCACUGCAAAACAUGUAAUUUUUUGUAAAAAUUUUUUCCGCUAAUCAGUUUAUGUUUAAUUAUUAACUAUUGAAUGGUAUUAAAAUAUCUCGUAAAAUAUUAACAAAGAUUAAUCUAUAUAAUCAAUAUGAAUUUCAAUGAUAUUUCGUGGGUCAAAACCCAUAAAAGCUUGAGAGACUUUAUGCAAAUUUUAACCUGUAACAAAUGUAAGAAAAGACUUAGUAAUCCAAAGCAAUUUUUAAACUGUGGACACUUUGCUUGUUCAAAAUGUGUGGGACAUGAAACAGAUUGUGUACAAUGCAGAAUACCUAAUGAAGCAUCAGAUGUUCAUUCAGAUACUACAAUGAAUGAUAUAAUUAUCAAUUUGAAUGUUAUUGCAGAAUCAGUUGGCUACUUAAAAGAAAAUAAAUUUGAGAAUUCAAAGUCUCCAUCUGAGGUCUCCAUUGAUGACUGUAAUCAAAGUUUAAAAAGCAAAACUAGCCACAGAAGUAGAAUCAGUGAAAACAUACCAAAAAAUAUCAAUAAAAAGAACAGUAAGGGUGAAACUGCUCUUCACGUUGCUUGUUGCUAUAAUCAAAUAGAACGUGUGAAAAAAUUACUGGAAGCAGGAGCAAAUCCUAACACCAAAGAUCAUGCUGGUUGGACUCCACUGCAAGAAGCUGUCAGUUAUGAAUACGUUGAAGUUUGUAAACUUCUCUUAAACGCUGAUGCACAACCAAAUAUGUAUGGCUGUGACAACAGAACAGCUUUACAUGAAGCAGCUAUAGCAGACAAUGUUGAAUUAGUAUCACUAUUGAUUCAAUCUAAUGCCGACAAUAAUGUUUUUGACCGUGUUGGAAAGAAACCAAUAAAUUACUGCAAAUCAAAAGAAAUUUUUGAUUUAUUGGAAAGUUUAGAUAGAUCAACAGAGGAACAAUCAAGAGUAUCACAUGAACUACAUAAAACUGUAAAUGUAGACAAAACUGUUGAUGAAACCAUAAACACAACAAUUAUUUUAUAUGGUUCUAAAAAUCUCAAACAACAAAAUCGUAAACUUCUCAUAAAAAUGGGCAAUGAAAAAAAGGGAAUAAAAGUAGUAAAUCAUCUUAGUUCUUCAGUCACUUACGUAGUUGUGGAUACAGAAAACCCAUGUAAUAUAACAUAUUCUUUGGAUGUCUUAUUUGCAGUUUUAUAUGGUAAAAUAUUGCUGAAUAGUGAUGGUUUGCCAGUACUAAUGGAAAGUAGCAAUAUUAGUCCAGCUGAUUGCAAAAUUUUUGAAGUUAACCCUCCUCAGCUAAAUGAUAGCAUCACACGUUCUAGAAAUAAUAUUUUAUUGCAGAGACCAAAAUUAUUCAACAACUGUUAUUUCUAUUUUGCCAUAAAGCAACAUGAUGUAAUUGAAUACGACACAAUGUCCAUUGAAAAAGACGAUUUGAUGAAACUAGUUGCUGCCGGCGACGGAAAAGUUCUACCUAGAGAACCCAAACCAGAUGACGUACAAGGCUCGUUGAGUCCGUUUCACGUCGCUAACAAUCCGAAACAUGCAUUACACAAAUGCACGCACUAUAUUAUUUAUAUGCCUGAAAAUAAUCAACCAAUUGCUAAUAGAAUUAUGUACAAUAUGCCGAUGUUAAAAACAUUACCACUUAUGUGGUUUAUCGAGUCGAUACUUCGGUUUGAAUUGAUAGAUCCAGUUGAUAUGGGUUUAGUCGAUUCUUAGAUAAAAAACAAAAAUCGUUUCACUGCAUAAGUAGUUAUAACUUUUUAUCAGUGAUUAACUUUUAUUAUAGUAUUAUGAAAAAAUAAAAUAAUGUUAAACGUUCUUCAUAUAAAAAUAAUAUUUAUUACAUCAUAGUAUUUUCCAUAAACUAUGAAUUUUGUUUACCAGAACUAUAUAUAUUAAAUGACUCUUGACUUCACAAACAUUGCAUUAUUUUGUGUAUUCCUUAGAUUGUUUUAAUUCGAAUUCGAACAACUCUUAAGUUGAAAAAAAGGUUAAAAAAAUAGCUUCAUGCUAAUUACGGAGUUGAUGCUUAGGUACACGGUGCGCCAUUUGUAGAAUGGUUUCAGAAAAUACCUUAUAUAUCGCGCGAGAGCGUGUUAGCCGGUACGUAAAGUACCGCUAAUCCCGAGCGUUGCUGGUACAACUUGCGCCUAGACGGCGAACUCGCGAAGGCCAUACACAAAGUUGAAGAAGUGCGAUUUAUGUUUAGGCAAUUUACCACUUCUUUUCUCUCUCUUUCUUAUCACCAACCACUUUCGUUCCACCGCGACUUCAGCUGAAAUUUGUAGCAAGUCAAGAUUGUUGAUCAACUUACAUUUGAAUUUGUUAACUAAAACGCGUAGCUUAAUAAUUAGCUUGUAAAUUAUUUAACAUCGAUGUUAGAUCAAAAUCGUCGCAGCGAAAAAAAAAUCUUACUUGUGGGUUUGUCGCUAAAUAAACUUACUUACUUACACUACA